GACAUGUUAUAGAGCUAGUUUAUCACUUUAAAAUGACAACACUGCACUAAAACUCUUCUUAUCAAUAGUUAAACAAUUUACAGUGGUCAUAUGUUCAUUACAGUGGAUGCACAGAUGUUAAUGCACACUAAUCAUAUAGGAUGCUGUGCAUUAAAACCCACCUCAGCCAAUCUGUCAUCAGUUCAACACUUCCAGUGGCAUUUAUCCACAGAUGUGGUUAUUUUGACAAAUGGAAUUAGGUACAAAAUAAACACUGAGACACUUGCAGUUGUUAAAGUCCAGACCUCAACUCAAUACUGUGGCAGGACCUGCUGAAUCACAGUAUGGAACAGAACUGCACAGAGCCACGUGAAAACUUUAACACAACGUACAUAUUUGCUUCCUGCCAACAGUAACCAGCAAUUCUUACCACAGAGAAAUGACUCUCAGACAGUGUUCAAUGAAAUGAAAGUGAAUUAUGUAGUAACUGUAAAAGUUAUCGACAUAACUGUGUUGUCGUCAUAGAGCAGUCACACUAUAUUGAUGUAUUUGCUUUUUGAUAUAAAAGCUACCAGAUGAAUUUCCAGUCAAAUGCACAAUUUGUUGUCAUAUUUUCUACUGAAAUGUAAAAAAUAACAUUGAAUAUCCAGUUUAGUGAACAGAAAGGUGCCAUGCUACACAACGUGAGCAGUAGUGCUUGCUACUACAAGAGUCAGUCAGUCUAUUACACCAAAUUCAUACCAUGCAUUUAUCUGUGCCUACUGGGUAAAUGCACAAGUUCAGAACUUUGUCCAAGGAUACUUUGACACAUGAACUGGAGGAGCCACGGAUCUUAUUUUGAGGAAUGACCUUUUACACUUUACAUCAUUCUGCUAACCAUACACACAAUAAUCUGUGUAUCGUAUAGUAUGGUAACACUAUAGUCAUUACCCUCAUAAUCUUUCAGCCCCUGAAACAGGGAAGUUUGAGUUUUUUAAAUUGUUAUUUCAAAAAGUAGAGCCUUGUGAUUCAAACGAUGUGAACCACUUUCAGUUUGAAAGUUUCACAUUAAGUGAAAUAUAAGAACCCAACAGUGGAUCAUGACACUGUCAAUAUGGGGCCCCGCAAUUAAAACACAGUGGUUGCCUUAAGGUCUUUAAAGCAUCUGAUGCUUUGAUGUAAUCUCUUUCCACUAAUGACAAACAAAUGUGCACUUCACUGAAGUGCCACACAGUCGGCCUGGAGCCCUUUAUGGUCUGGGAAGUUAGAGAAACGUUGUCAUCUUUGCAUACAUUUGAUUUGUGCUUCCUGUUCUCCUAAAACACAUUAAAAUAGUAUAUGUUAUAUGUUAUCAUACUGUCUUUAGAACAGAUCAUAAAACAAAAGUGAAACACUGAAUAUUAGCUCAGAUUAUUUGUUUAUCUAGUCUGUUUAGUUGUUUUAGUAACCUCAGUAAAACAUUAUUGUGCGCUUCCUGAUUUUUGUAGAUUCAGGUGCCAAUAUAGCACUGAAAACACUUUUAGUGUAUUUGUUUAAAAGUUGUAAACAAAAUAAAAUGUAAUCACAUUCUGCAUGAAAACGAGUUCCUGAUUUUAAAAAAAUCAUUGGGUUCAAUUAAAAAAGAUAUUUUUGUUGUAUUUUCUUGUCUACAGAUAUCCACGAUGAGAACGGGUUAAAGCCAGUCAUGGUUUACAUCCACGGAGGAUCCUACAUGGAGGGAACUGGCAACAUGAUUGAUGGCAGCAUCCUGGCCAGCUAUGGAAAUGUCAUCGUCAUCACAAUCAAUUACCGGCUCGGAGUUCUCGGGUUUCUAAGCACAGGAGACCAGGCAGCCAAGGGCAACUAUGGACUGCUGGAUCAAAUUCAGGCUCUCAGGUGGAUCAAAGAAAACAUCCAGGCCUUCAAAGGAGACCCAAAGCGAGUGACCAUUUUUGGCUCUGGUGCAGGAGCAUCGUGUGUCAGCCUGCUAACCCUCUCACAUUACUCAGAAGAUCUGUUCCAGAAAGCCAUCAUCCAGAGCGGCACUGCUCUGUCCAGCUGGGCAGUCAACUACCAGCCUGCCAAAUAUACAAGAGCCCUGGCUGAGAAGGUGGGCUGCAACAUGCUGGACACCAUCGACCUGGUGGAGUGUCUGCAGAAGAAGAACUACAAGGAACUAAUUGAGCAGUACAUCACACCCGCUAAGUACCACAUUGCCUUCGGGCCAGUGAUCGAUGGUGAUGUGAUCCCCGAUGACCCCCAGAUUCUCAUGGAGCAAGGGGAGUUCCUGAACUAUGACAUUAUGCUGGGGGUCAAUCAGGGUGAGGGGUUCAAAUUUGUUGAUGGCAUUGUGGACAGUGAGGAUGGCGUGUCUGCCAAUGAUUUUGACUUUGCUGUUUCUGACUUUGUUGACCAUCUGUAUGGCUACCCUGAGGGCAAAGACACUCUCCGUGAGACCAUCAAAUUCAUGUACACUGACUGGGCUGACAAGGAGAACCCAGAAACUCGCCGCAAAACCCUGGUGGCUCUGUUUACUGACCAUCAGUGGGUGGCACCAGCUGUGGCCACAGCUGACCUCCAUGCUCAGUAUGGUUCGCCCACAUAUUUCUAUGCUUUCUAUCACCACUGUCAGAGUGACAUGAAGCCCAGCUGGGCUGACUCAGCUCAUGGAGAUGAAGUCCCAUACGUAUUUGGAAUCCCCAUGAUCGGCCCAACGGAUCUCUUCAACUGCAAUUUCUCCAAGAAUGACGUGAUGUUAAGUGCUGUUGUCAUGACCUACUGGACGAACUUUGCUAAAACAGGGGAUCCAAACCAGCCAGUUCCACAGGAUACCAAAUUCAUCCACACAAAGCCUAACCGCUUCGAGGAGGUAGCGUGGACAAAGUACAACCCCAAGGACCAGCUCUACCUUCACAUUGGCCUCAAACCUCGAGUCCGAGACCACUACCGAGCUACCAAGGUUGCGUUCUGGCUCGAACUGGUUCCUCACCUUCACAACAUUAAUGAAUUUUUUCAAUAUGUAUCCACUACUACUAAGAUACCUCCACAGGACACUACACCGUAUCCUUAUACCAAACGAUUCCCGGGUAAAAACAACUGGCCCUCCACCACACGCCACCCGGGAGUUCCUUCUGCCAACACCAAGCAAACAACCAACCAGCGCAAGAGCGGGGACCUGACUGAUGAGUCAACUGUGGUGAUUGAGACCAAACGGGACUACUCCACUGAGCUCAGCGUCACGAUCGCCGUGGGAGCAUCGCUGCUAUUUCUGAACAUCCUCGCCUUUGCUGCACUCUACUACAAGAAAGACAAACGUCGCCAUGAGUCCAACCAGCGCGUCCCCACCCCGCAGCGCAACUCUGCUCCAACCAACACUCCAUCUACUGCCAAUGACGUAGCCCAUCUGCAGAGUGAGGAACUGAUGUCUCUACAGAUGAAGCAGCAACAGCUGGAACACGAGCACCACCAUGAGUGUGACUCACUUCAGGCCCACGACACGCUGCGGCUCACCUGCCCACCAGACUACACACUGACUCUCCGCAGGUCACCUGAUGAUAUACCACUGAUGACUCCCAGCACCAUCACCAUGAUCCCCAAUUCCCUGGCUGGCAUGCAGCCUCUGCACAAUUUCAACACUUUUGGUGGCAGCCAGAACAGUACCAACUUGCCCCACGGCCACUCCACCACGCGGGUAUAGCUCAGCUGGGACGGGACUGUGCCAGGUUCCCUCUGGAUUAACAACUACCCACACGAGGAGAAUAUAAGUUAUUCAGCAGAUGUUAUUUUGCUACCAAGCCUUCUUGAAAAGCAUAUACAAUAUAAAGUGAUCAUAAACUCACAAAACUAUUCAAAAUGAAUGUUAUUACAGUAAUAACUCUGUUUGGAGCAAAUUGUCACGAAGGUUUUCGAGGAGUGUUACCAAGACAAAGGGCAACCAGUGGAUGACUGUUAUAUAAUCUCAUGAGACAAAAACAGCAGUUUCUAUGUUGACAGACAAAGACGACAGUUGGUGAAAAGCAACAAUGGAACACCAUCUUUUCCUCCAUGCACCUGACUUGGGCACAUGAAAUGUAUUUAUGAAAACUUUGUAUAAAAAGAACACGAAAAAAGGUAUAUAGACAUGAGUGGAAAUACAAAAAGUUUUAAAGAAGAAAAACAAUAUUAAAAUUGCUCCUGAAACUAUUGUUUUCAUUUUUAUUUUGCUUGUGCUUUAUGUUGAGGUUUGUGUAAAUAUACCUGAACAUCUGUCAUUCUUUCUUCGUGUUACGACUUGUGUUUCAUUCAUUUUCGCACAAUGACCAAAUUGCGAUCACAAUCCCACACUCGGAGAGUUGCACACUGCGGGUUCGCAGGUCACCACAUACAGUACUGUCUCGUGCAUUGCUUCGUGUCCACGUUUUAGAUACUGCAUGUAGAACGAGCUUUACUUUGCAUUUCAGACAUCUACUGUCUGACAGUAUGGACUGACUCACUCCCAUCACCUGCUGUCACCCUGUUAUGCUUCCAGCAGUUUUCUGUCUCAGCACUGCCUGUGCUUACGAUGUGACCAGCAAUGUAUUAUUUAGAAAUAAAAAGGCAGUGUUUUUUUUGUAUUAAUAUUAGUUGGAUAUGUUUGUAAAGAAAUAUAUGUUAGAUAUUUUAAAUUGUCAUAUGCUAGCAAUAUGUAAAGUAUUGUGCCAGGAUUGUGAUAUUUUGGGUUACAAAAAAGUGAAUGAGUGUAAAUAUUAAUGAUGCUAAUUAUUAUGAAAUUACAACAUGAGUAGUCAUAACUCUCUUUCCAUUUUGCAUCCUAUUAUGAAAAAAGAGGCAGAUGAUUUUAAGCUACAUUUGUAAAUUCUAUUAAAUAUAUAUUCAUUUGGUCUAUAAACCAGUCGAGAUAACGAGGGUUUUAAUAUAGAGUUGAAAAGUCCUUAUUUAGUAGUUAGUCUUGUAUUUAUUUGCAGUUUUGCCUUCGGUAAUACUACGCAUAUUUCUGGACACUUGUAUAAAGUUUUUCUGCAACAUUUUUAAUAAAAUAUCACAGUAUUUUCUAAAUAAAAAAAUGGGCGAGAGAUAGAAAAGAAA